UCGUUCGCUCAACGCUUUCACAAUAACCCUCUUUUACCACAAGACCUCGAUCAACUCUCAUAAGCUCUCACGCGCACAACGGAUGCAAUAAAUGACGUCAUACGCACAUUUCUCAUUCGUACGCAGUCGGACAUCGAGCGAGUCCGACGAGAACCGACCACGCGAACGCAACCUCGCGCAGAAAACAACAAUCUUCCAAAAUGGGUGUUCGUGACUUUCGUGACUCUCCCCACUGUGCGUGACCGCCUCUCUGUAUUUGUUCUUUUUCCGUGCGUUGGGGGAAACAAAAACCGCGUCUGUUCCCGGGGUUCGGACGAAAAUCAACGAAAACUUGGCGCAGCCCCGAACCAAAAACUCCGAUGGAUCCCUGGCUCCGUUUAUGGUAAUUUGUACCCUAGGAUGGACGACGACAGGCAGCUGAAUGGUAAGUGGUAGCGUACCAUUUUUUCUUGCGCCCCAAAACAAACCUCGUCCCUUCCAUGUUCUGCGUUCUGCGCGCUUCGUUACCAGCGUUCUCCCCACCUCAACUCGACGUGCUACUUUAGCAGACGUUUUUGUCGAAUCCAACUUUUUUUUUCUUCCCCACGCUUGCGGUUUGUUGCGAUGUUUCGAACGCGCCGAAGCUCUUCGAUUGCUGGCGAAGCGAAGCCGAAGCUGCCGAAGCUUCAGGGGGCUGUUUGGCGAGAGCAAGCGCAGCAGCGCUCGCUCGCGCACAUCGCAGCCACUUUCUGAGCCGUUUCGUUGGAAGGCCCAAAGCCUUCCAACGGAACCACCCACGAUUCGGCUUUCCCUGGAUGUUCUCGGCUCUCGCGGAGGUGUUUAGGUUCUUGCUGCUGCUCGGGGGUAAGCGAGCGGUGGACGAACUUGGCGUUGCGUUUUUGAGCGAACGGAUCGAGCGCUGCGGUGUUCUUUUGCUUAGCGUACGUCAGUUUUCAGGUGACCUCCCAACCUUCGUGCCCGUCGAAACCAUCCUUAAGGAAGAUGGAGCGCCGAUAUCGGUCUCGGGCGAAAAACCGGGAUCCUUGAUGAUGAAUCUUGAAACGAGGGAGCUGUUCCUCAGCACCGACGCGGCGUCGCAGCAGUUUUCGCUGUCGUCCUCGGACAAGUCGAACCAGCCCAAGGAGGACGAAACGGGCGCCGGGAAGCAAUGGGACUGCAAUUUGUGCAGCCCCGGGCUGAAGAAGGCGCUGCAGCGGGAGCGGCUGCAGGUGCUGCGGCAGAACCCUUCUUACCGGGAGAUGGAGCGGCUGCGUCAGCGCAGCAUGAUGCAGCUGAAGAGACAGGACCCCAGCUUCAGGGCCCUGGAGAGGGAGAGGCAGAGGGCCAGGAUGCAGCUGCGCAGGCAGGACCCAAGCUUCAGAGCGAUGGAGCGGGAGCGUCAGCGGCGCCGCAUGCGGCUCAAGCGGCGCGACCCGGCCUUCCGCGAGCGGGAACGAGAACAGCAGAAGUCGCGUCUCAUGAUAAAGCGCACGGGCGAGAAAGGUCCCCUCCUGGCCAUCGCUGCCCCUCCCCCUCCAUCGGGGCCUCCGGGGACAAAUACCACGUCGCCACCGACUACCGUCGCCACUUCCACAGCAUCUGUGGUCGUCGUGUCACAGCAGCCGCAACAGCAGCAACAGCAACAACAGCCGCAGCAACAGCAGCAGCAGCAGCAACAGCAGCAAUCUCAGCAGCCUCAUCAUCACCAUCAUCAGCCGCAGCAGCAUCAGCAGGCGGGCGGGAAAGGUUGCGUCGGAUCGCAGCACGAAGCGCCCAAGCGAGAGGCGGCGUUGUACGGACACUUGCAGCGCAUCGUGGGUUACCACAAUCUACUCCAGGUCCGUAACCCUCACCCCGAAGAACCGGGCAGCCCAUUCAAGAGCCCAUACUUCACGGCGGGCGAGCUCAAUGCCAGCAGCGGGGCACUGGUGCCGCGCCGCAUGGGCACUGUGCCCCAGACGGGCAGCGGCUCCCACCCUGCCGGCGGGGGCCACCAGGGAGCGGCCACGGGCACCAAGGCCCACCAGCACCAGGCACUGCUGGCGCGCCAGAAGGGUUUCCUGGACGGCACCGUCUCUCCCUGCCACCCUCUCGGCGAGGUGUUUGCGGCCUCCUACCCCACGAUGCGCGACCAGGUCCUGGGGGGAGGUCAGUCGUGUUCCUCGCUCGAGACAACGCCCCAUCUGCAAACGGCCGCGAGCCCUGAGGGCGGCCGCCCCGCCCACUCCGGCAGCGGGGCCCACCUGGGCAACAGCAUGGAUCUCGUUCCCUCCGUCCCCGACUGCCCCGAGUGCCUGGAGGCCCAGCGGCAACGCUCGGAGUGCAACCUCUGCCAGCAGCAGAUGCAGUCCUCCCAGCACCACCACCAGGGCGGCGGUGCCAACGCCGGCACGGGACGGCGCCGGUCGUCGCGCCAGUCGCUCGAACGCUUCCGCUGCACCGUCUGCUCCAAGGAGUUCGGCAUGAAGCACCACCUGAAGGAGCACUUCAAGUCGCACGGGGACCGCAACCUGUGCUGCCCACACUGCGACUACCGGACGUGCUACGGCUACGCCCUGCGCCGGCACGUGGUGAUACGACACGACCGGCCGGCCGCGAGGCAGGCACAGGUGGUGCAACAGCUCGCCGUGCAGUGAGGAGGCUCGGGCGAUCGGCGCCCGCGGGCCGUGACGGCGUAUGGUGGCGACGGGGCUUGCGGAUUGACCCUUCAAAUCGGCUGGCACGUCGGAGCGGGCCGGGCGGACAGUUGCAGCCUCGGUGACGUUAGCGCGCGAUGUUGGCGAACAGCAAACGGGCAAAGACUCUUCAUGGCUUCAGACUUGGCCAUGGUGCUCUUUGCGAAGGUUCGAAUGUUGUGGCAGCGCCGUGACUUCCUUCUUUAUGAAGGUGUGAAUGUCGUAUCAGCGGCGUUACGUCGAAUCGACUUUGGAUUGACGCUUAUGUGUACGACUGUGGCAUCGUUUGCGAAGUGUACCUUAGACACUUAUGCGUGGCAGGAACACAAUUGGUUCGUGGCUUCACCGGCCUUCUGGAUUGAGUCGUGGUGUUUUGCGAUUUAAGCUGCUGUGGCUCGUGCGCCGAAGGGGAGUUUGGCUUCAAUUGGCUUUGUCGCCUCUCUUUAUAUACGAAGCCACCUUUAACUAACCACUGGCUGCUCGGGCACGAGGGCUACAGGAGCCAGCUAUGCACAAAUUCUAGGCUGUUUGAGACGGCUUUGUAAGUGGCUGAAGUCGUCCAGGGUCGGCUUCGAUUGGACUUUUGAAAAAAGCUUUGGAAGUUAACGGAUGUUUUUUCUUGGGGGGAAGUCUCAGGUGAGCCUUUGACACUUGUAAAUUAGUAUGUGAGCUUGGAUGCCAAACUUUUGCCUCUGUGUCAGGACGAGUGAUUGGGCAUAGGCAGGCCACGCUGCGUUGACAAAUGCCCGCUGCUUGCCGAGCAGGCUUGGGUUUUUUUGUUAGCAUGAUAUUGGAUCGCAGAUAUGUUCUGCGAUAGAAAACAUGCUUCUUUUUCUAACACAAUUGGAAGUGACGGAGACAGCAUGUUUCAUAAAGUUUCCUGAAUGAGCAUAAAUUCAGUAACAAAAGUUGGCCUUUGAUGGAAGUCUUGCACCAUGCAAAGGUUUGUUUGUGUGGUUAGUUCACUGGAGGUACAUAAACUGAACAAACAAGUUUGCUGUGAGUAACAAUCUUUGCUUCGAGAUUCUCACCUCGAUGCAUUGUGGUCUUCGAUGCCACCCAUAGACGACACAGCCAGUGUUCUUGCUUUUUUACGUUGUCAUACCCGAGAGCUGUAGGAACAUGAAAAGUAUAGUGGUGCCAUCUGUGAAUGAUGGCAUGAAUUUCUCGGGUCUCCAUAAUUUAGGUAGUUAAUUUAAAUUUGUUUGUAGGAUUUCAGUAGCACAAAUUCAAACCUCUUUACAUGUCGAGUGACCUAGGGUCACUUUGUAUGUUGAGAGUGCAGAGACAUACCCAACCUCCCAGUUGUAAAUCCAUCGAUGCAUAUACCCUUUGCUGCCAAAACGGUGGCCAUGAAGGCUCACAAGUCACCUUCCCCCUUUAUGGCAGGCUGUUUUGAUCACAUGACUGCACAUGUCCAAUUGACAAGCCCGGUUUCAUUUGCAGUCAUGAAACUGAAGCAGUGCUCUGGAUACUGAGCAGCUAUAGUCUCUUGUAGGUUAAGCAAAGCAAGACAAACUGCUCCCACAAAGCCCUUCACUCAUUUCACUCUAGCGGAGCGAAUGCUAGAGGGGAGGAAAUAAGGGCAAUCAUGGCAAGCAGAAAACUUUGCGGGAGGUGCUUGUUCUGCUAUUCUUAACGUGCAACACUGAAUGGUCUACUUAGAGCGGCCAAAAAACAAAUGUGUAGGUUUUUUCUCUUACCUUUUAAUCUUCGGACGCAUGGUUCUCGCUUUGUCAAUUUUGGAGGGCUGAAAUCAUGAUGACUAGCUCCCAGAGCAUUGGGAGCAUUAGUGGAAGAUAUCCUGUGUACAGUGUAUAUAUUUAUCGCACACAUUGGCGGCGGAACACAUUGAAUUUCAAAGUGAAUGACUUAGUGUGUAGGGUGAAUGUAACUCACUCAUAUUAUUACUACUGCCCUUGUUGCUCCAGCUUAUUGGAGAAGCGGAAAGGAAACCAACAAACUGCUUAGCGAUUCAUCUCACCCAUUUAGAGAGUAGCUUGCACCCCAUUAUCAGUCUCCCAAACUGUACCGCAGCACCUUCAAAACUGAAUCUUAGCCGAUGACAUUACUUUCGUCCAUAUGUGUAUGUGUAAAUAAACAUCUUUGUAGUUUGGAA